AGUUGGGGGAACUCGUUUCAAGUCUCGCGAGAAGUGGUGCACAUCCGGGAACUUCUGACCGCCAUCUUUCUUUUCCCCCGAGCAGCCAUACUUGCUGCACGUUUUCCGUGGUGGUAGGAGCUCGGAAAAUUAGCCAAAAUGAAGCAAAAGAGAAAGACGAUGGAGAGUAUCAACUCCCGGCUGCAGCUGGUGAUGAAGUCUGGGAAGUACGUCUUGGGCCUGAAGGAGACCCUGAAGGUGCUGAGGCAAGGGAAGGCCAAACUCAUCAUCAUAGCUAACAACACCCCCGCACUCAGGAAGAGUGAGAUUGAGUACUACGCCAUGUUGGCUAAGACAGGUGUCCAUCAUUACUCUGGUAACAACAUCGAGCUAGGUACAGCCUGUGGUAAAUACUUCAGAGUCUGCACACUGGCCAUCACAGAUCCAGGUGACAGUGACAUCAUUCGCAGCAUGCCAGCAGAAGACAAGGGCGAGUCGAAGUGAGCAGCACCAUCUAGCAAGUCACAACAGUACUGCAAUAGAAGAUCUUAAUGCUGUGAAUGAAAUAAUAAACAUCUCCAGUUUAAA